CGGCGGUGGCGGCGCUCUCGGAUGUCAUCACUUUUAAGCGCGUCGCUAGGCUUUACGAGAGGACGCACUACGGGGGCCGAGAAGGAGAGAAAUGUGGACGCGGGCAGUGUGGCUGGGCCUUCGAGCGUCGGCGGGCGGGCGCCGGGGCUUCUCCUCCAAGGCCGAUCCUCAGGGAAGCCGCCGGGUCACGGCCGAGCUGAUCGAGCACCUGGAGCGGCUAGCGCUUGUGGACUUCGGCAGCCAAGAGGCCGUGGCACGGCUGGAGAAAGCCAUCGCCUUCGCCGACCGGCUUCGCGCCGUGGAUACGGACGGAGUGGAGCCCAUGGAGUCAGUUCUGGAGGACAGAUGUCUGUACUUGAGAUCCGACAAUGUGGUAGAAGGCAACUGUGCUGAAGAACUACUACAAAACUCCCAUCGCGUUGUGGAGGAGUAUUUUGUGGCUCCCCCAGGUAAUAUCUCUUGGCCAAAGCUGGAUGAAAAAGAGCCCUUCUCACACUGCUGAGUAGCUAUUCUGGGAAAGGGUGCCCUCUAAAAACGUGGAAGUGCAAUGACUGUUUUGUUACGAACACUAAUGUUCCCACUUCCUUCAGUCACCUGAAAAAAGUGAUGGUUAAGUAUCUCUUAGUAACUAACUCUUUUGAAGACAGAACUGGGAAAGAUCUAGCCAAAAUAAGGCAAAUAGUCCCUGAUGCCAACGGAAGUAGAAGGUAUUGCCAGUUUCUAAGGAAAUGGAUCAAGGGUACUCACAGGCUGUUCUGUAUGGAAGAUUUUAUCCCCUCCCCAAAAGACUGUCUACCAAACUGCAUUUAAGUGAAUUUUUCUAUUUAUGUAACUGUUA